AAUUGUAAACACCACAGCAGCACUUUCCUCUUCUCUUCUCCUCUUCUACAUUUCCUACCAAUCUUAUUCUGUGCUCCCAAGGCCAUGGAUUUCAUCAGCCCAGUCAUCGAAAUCGUGUCUCGCCUGUUGGAUCCCAUCACUCAACGCAUACGAUAUGCCGUCAAGCUCCCAGUAAACAUCGACUCCCUGAAGAAUGCCAUGAACGAAUUGAUACGUGUAAGGGACGAUGUGAAGACAAAGGUUGAUAUUGCAGAAAGGCAGCUGCUGGUAGGCAAGAGCCAUGUCAAACGGUGGCUAGAAAGCGUAGCAGCCAUCGAACGAGAAGUGAAUGGGAUGGAGGAAGCAUAUCAGCAAAUGAGGAGGUGUCUUGGUAACUGUCGUCCGAAUUGUUGGUCGGGCUACAAGCUCAGCAAGAGGGCGGCAGAGAAGCUGACGGAUGUAACUGAGUUGAAGAGAACAGGUGAUUCCUUCGAUGUAGUGGCGGAGAAACCGCCCCCAGAUGUUGUGGAAGAGCAGCCUAGCACUUCAGCUCUAGGCAUGGACUUGAUGUUCGAGAAGGUUUGUGGCUGCCUCAGGGAAGAUAGUGUGGGAGUCGUGGGGAUAUAUGGAAUGGGGGGUGUGGGGAAGACGACACUCUUGAAAAAGAUUAAUAAUGAAACAACCCAUGGUUUCAAUGUGGUGAUUUGGGUGGUGGUGUCUAAAGAAGUAAAUGUGGGAAGGAUUAAAAACGAAAUCGGAAAGAGGCUUGGUUUGAUCCGGGAAGAAAAUAGAAGCAAUGAUGAGAUACCGGCUGCAGACAUACACAAGGCCUUGAGCAAGAUGAAGUUCAUGCUACUGCUAGAUGAUAUAUGGCAGCGGCUAGAUCUGGAGAUGAUCGGAAUUCCUCAUCCGAGCAGUCAAAACAAGAGCAAGGUUGUUUUCACGACUCGAUUUGAGGAUGUGUGCGGCUACAUGGAUGCUGACAAGAAGAUCAAAGUUGAAUGUCUCGCGAGGAUGGAAGCAUGGGAUCUGUUCCGAGAGAAGGUUGGUGGAGAGGCCAUGAAUUCUCAUCGAGAGAUUCUGGGCCUUGCUGAGCUGGUUGCUGAAGAAUGUUGUGGUCUACCCCUUAUGCUCAUCACAAUCGGGAGGGCCAUGGCGAGCAAGAAGACACCCGAGGAGUGGGAGAAUGCAAAAACAGCUCUGAAAGCGUCACGGCCGGCUGGCAUAUCAGGUAUGGACGAAGAAGUCCUUUUCCGUCUGAAAUUCAGUUAUGAUAGUCUUCAUGACGACAUUAUCCAAUCCUGCUUCCUCUAUUGUUCGUUGUUUCCGGAGGACUACGACAUCAGCAAAGAAAUGCUUAUAGAUUACUGGAUUGGGGAAGGAUUCUUAGAUGAGUGGGAUGAAGAUCUUGAUAGUGCUCGUAACAAGGGCCAUGACCUCAUCGGAACCCUAAAGUCCGCAUGCUUGUUGGAGAGUGGUUAUAAUGAGAAAACAGAGGUGAAGAUGCACGACGUGAUACGUGACCUGGCUUUAUGGAUAUCUUCUGAAUGUGGGAAGAAGAAGAACAAGUUUCUGGUUAAAGCGGGAGUUGGAUUGAGGGAGGCACCAGCCAUUGAGAGGUGGACAGAGGCAAACAGGAUAUCUCUAAUGGAGAACAAAAUUAUAGAAAUAACAGAGACGCCUAAGUGCCCCGACCUCUUCACCUUGAUGCUCCAAAACAAUAGGCGUUUGGUAAAGUUCACCAAUGAUUUUUUUCAAUUCAUGCCUAAUCUAAGAGUGUUGGAUUUGUCAGAUAAUCAUCGCAUAGAAGAAAUCCCAGCUGGAAUAGGUAACUUGGUUGAGUUGAGAUAUCUCAAUCUGUCAAAUACUCCGAUAAAAAAAUUGCCUGAAGAGAUAGGAUGUCUCGCGAAGCUGAAGCACUUGGAUUUGAAUGAAUGUUAUAGUCUUGACGGAAUCCCUCGUGGGGUAAUAUCGAGGCUUUCUAUGUUGAAAGUGCUUAAACUGUUGAAGGUUAUCUCUAAUAGGGAAGUAACAGAAGAGAGUGGUUGGUUUUAUUUAACAGAGAUGGAAGGGUUGAAAUGGUUGAGCCAUCUUGAAAUCACUAUAGAAACUGUACAUGAUCUUAACAGUUAUCUUCAUUCUGACAAGUUGCCGAAGCGGACGCAGGCUCUAACCAUUGGAAUCCGCAAAGGCUUGACAACAUUUGAGUCAUCGUCUUUCAGGGCAAUGAGGAGUAUCAGACGUCUUAACAUUGUAGAAUGCAAAGAGAUGGAAGAGAUGAUGAUCGGUUGGGAUGUGGAGAAAGAAGAUGAUCAUUCGGUUUCGAGCUUAGAGUGGCUCACCCUUUCGGAACUUGACAACUUGAAUAUCAUUCGAGUUGGGGGAUGCAUACAAAACCUUUGCCACAUAAAUAUUAGUUUUUGCCCCAGACUGAAGAGUGUUACAUGGAUUCUACAGCUUCAAAAUCUUGAAGAAAUCUACAUAGGAUACUGCGAAGGAGUAGAAGAAGGAAUAGGUACAAGUGAUGUCAGGAUUCCGGUCAGAGAGGCAUGCCUAAGACGUCUCAAAAUUCUGCGUCUCCGUGAGCUACCUAAAUUAACAAGCAUUUGUAAUCAUGCAUUGGCUUUCCCUUCCUUGGAAAAGUUGCAUGUGUAUGAAUGCCCAAAGCUAAGGAAGCUCCCAAUCGGUCUCCAAAGCGCCAAUAAUCCUCUAAAGGUGAUCGAAGGUGACGGAGAAUGGUGGGAUGGUUUGGAGUGGGAAGAAGAUGGAAUCAAGUCUAAUUUGCUUCCUCUUUUCAAACAGACAAUAUGAUGAAUUCAAUAAAUGGACUUGUGUUCUUGUUUUUUUUUUUUUUAAUUCAUAAAAGCUGAUUGUAUCUGAAAUGAAAACGGAAAGAAAUGUGACCGUUUGUCUGCGUACUGUGUGCUCUUUUUAUUAAUGGGUAAUUAUGUAUUAGAGAUGAUUACGUAUGUUUCUAUAAUUUCAAUAUCUAGCAAUCACAUUCUCUAUUAAAUAAAAUGAUAUUUUAAUGUCCAAGUUAUUAAGUAUUUUCUCCAUGAUUUUAAUACUUGGAUGAGACUAAUUCUCCCAAUAAGUCCAUCUUGAGCCAUUACAUACUCAAAUGAUUUUAUUUUCAUGUGAUCCACACUGUCCAUCAGGUGUCACACCUAAUUCCUGGGCUUGAUGCUGAAUAUCACA